CCCUGACAGGAAACGUGUUUGGUUAGUGAGGCUAACUUAUCGGCGGUCACCUGCUGCAGCAGAGCAGAGCCGGGGCAGAGCCGGAGCAGCAGAGGGGUGCCCGGGGUGUCCGCUGAACAGAGCCGCUCUCACUUUCAUGUCAGCACACAGGGACAACAGUUCAGGGGGAGACAGCGCCAGCCCUGCGCUGACACCGUUAUCUGAAGCCCCCCGCACCCCCACCCAAAAAAGACGCAUUUUAGGGGUGACCACGGAGAAAUCACGUUAACGGGCAGCGGCACUUCCAGCUCUCCGGGCGAUGAAGGUCCGCCGUUAAAGGACUUGUGGUGGUGGUGAAGGGUGUGGGGGGGUGGGGGGGACCGAACUCCGGAAUUUCGCCAAAAUUACGACGGGAAUCAAGUACAGCUCCCUGUCUCCCGGCAACGGGAGAGACCACCGUCCGCUCGUGAUGUCUCGUGCCAAGGAGCGGCUGAAAGGCGGAGAUGAGACCAAGGACAGUGUCACUCUGCUGCCGUGCUUUUAUUUUGUAGAGCUCCCUAUCCUGGCCUCCUCUGUUGUCAGUCUUUAUUUCCUGGAGCUGACUGACAUUUUCCAGCCGGUGCAUUCUGGGUACAGUUGUAAUGACCGCAGUCUGUCUUUGCCCUACAUCCUGCCCAGACAGGAAGUCUGCCCACUGCCUCUGCUCUUCAGCUUGGCAUUCGCCGCUCCUACUGCCACUAUUCUCAUAGGAGAGGCCAUUCUGUACUGCUAUCUAUCCAGGAGGUCAACAGCCACACAGACGGAGGCCAACAUCAACGCUGCAGGCUGUAAUUUCAACUCCUACAUCCGCAGAGCUGUACGCUUCAUAGGAGUCCAUAUCUUUGGCCUGUGUGUGACGGCGCUGAUAACUGACAUUCUCCAGCUGUCCACGGGUCAGCACACCCCCUACUGGUUGGAUGUGUGUAAGCCCAACUUGACCCACAUUAACAUGUCCACCUGUGAUGAGGCUUUUAUUCUGGAGGAUAUCUGCUCUGGACAAGACAGCGGGCUCAUCAACGCUGGGAGGAAGUCUUUCCCCUCCCAGCAUGCAACUCUGGCUGCAUUUGCCGCUGUCUACAUCUCAAUGUACUUUAACACAGUACUGACAGACUCGGCCAAGCUGCUGAAGCCUCUCCUGGUGUUCUCUUUUGUCAUGCUGGCCAUCCUGGCCGGGUUAACCAGGAUCAUCCAGUUCAGAAACCACCCUGUCGAUGUCUACUGUGGAUGGUUACUGGGAGCUGCCAUCGCCGUUUAUCUGGGUGUGUAUGCAGUGGGGAAUUUCCAGCCCAGUGAGGAUCGGUCCAGAAGUCGACCAUCUCCCCCGACCCUGAGGGAGCCCCCCCUCUCCUCCCUACCUAAUAUCAGCCAAUCAGCAAUUAGCAACAAUCACCAAGGUCACCACACCCUAGCUCCAAGUCAACCAGAGCCCAUCAUCACAAGGACCUCUUCCCACACUUUGUCCCCCAACCGACCAGAACCCAUCCUGACACGAAGCUCCUCCUACCGAGAGCCCUCGCUGUCCAACCUGAAGAGAGCCAGUGCUGAGGUGGAGGUGAUAACUCCAUCCAGUCCGUUGGGCAACCAUGACAACAUGAUGACCUUCAGCAGCAGUACACUGCCAAGGUCCCACGGAGGCUCCUCAUUUGAAGAGGGGCGCAUCCCUCGACGCCACGCCUCCAUCCAUGCCUCGAUGGACUCCACCCGAUCCAAACAGCUGCUCAGCCAAUGGAAGAAUAAGAAUGAUAACAGGAAGCUGUCGCUGCAGGUGAUGGAUGGAAUAAGACCAACCUCCUCUUCAUCUCCUCAGAGGAACAUGGAACUGCGCUGCUCCUCUGAACCUUCAGCCAUGGGCCUGGAGGCAGAGCUCCGAGGAGGAACACACCUGCCUUCAAUCAGUGCUCAGGAAGCAGAGCUGCGUGCUGGGGCCCAUAUCCCAGCUCAGUAUAUGAAAUUAGCAGCAAGCUCUGUUCCUAUGGCUAAUCAUAAUCACCUGGCCCUCAAUGGCAGCACCGGAUUGGCUGGUGGGGCCAGAGUGUCUAUCCAGUCCCGACCUGGAUCUUCACAGCUGGUCCACAUUCCUGAGGAGGAAAACCUCACCAGCAGGGAUCACGAGAGCGAAUCAGAAGACAGCAUGAUGGACGGGGGUGGGUCAGUGAGAGAAAAGUGGCUGAGAGUGGCCGAGAAGACGACCAUCCCCUGCAGGCCACUCAGUGCUGGAGGACAGCCUCGUCUCAUGCAGGUGAUAGCCUUAUCCAAACAGCAGGGUCUGCUUCACUCUCCUCGGUCAGAGGAUGGUGGCAGCACUGUCAGCUGUACCGGAUCCAUUCGGUACCGAGCCCUGACGGACCAGGACCCAUCACCACCAGCCUCCACCACCGGAGCAAUGGGAGGAGGAGGUUUGGAAAGAAGUGGCAGCAUAGUCCGUGUUGAAGCCCACCCAGAGUCCAGACAACACAAACCUAUUGUGAAGCCUCCGAGCACCGACGGUAGUGGUUCCUGGCGAUGGAAACCACCAGAUCAACGAGCUUCACUGCGACAGUCAGCUUUCACCCUCAACGACCUGAACAGACACACAGACAGCUGUGAUUCGCUGAAAGAUGGAGGGUCCAUGGAUGGGCGGAGGAGUGUGGCAGGGACCGAAAGUGAGAGUGAAGGGGGAGGAGAUGGAGGGGGAGGAGGAACAGGAGGGGGUGGAGGAGGUGUAUACACAAACCAUCCACAUGUUGUACACCCUUUACAUCCCCUUCAUCCCAGUAACUCCAACAACUUCCAACACCCCAACUUUAACCCGAACAAUCCCAAUAAUCCUAACAUUAAUAACAUUCACUUCAACCCCAACUCUACUAACUCCAACAUGCCGUUCACCCCCACCGUCACCUUUGCUCCUCCUUUCCACCCAAGCCCUCAGGCCAUCACCACCAUCAGGGUCACCCCAGUGGAGGGAACGGCCGCCAGCAGUGAUGGUGGCUCAGACUGCCAGUCGGUGGCCUCAUCCAGCCGCGAGUCGACCCUGAGGAGGAAGAGCGGCUCCCAUAUGGUCCACAUCCCUGAUCGAGGGCCGACCCCUGACCUCCACAACAACCACCGCUUCUGUGACGACAAUAACCGCCUUGACAAUGAAAGCAGCAACCGGUUCCACGAAAACCUUCGGAGUUUUCAAGAAAACCCCAUCCACCCCAACCACCCCAACCAUCCCAACAGGCAGAUGCAGGGGAUGUAUGGCCGUCCCAGCCCAACCCCUCCCCCUACCUUACCCCGCCCCAUCCUGACUCACACUCCGCCUCCUACUCUGGGGUUGGCCUAUAAAGAAUAACACGCUAAGUUCGUUCAUUUACACCCGUGAUCAAAAUGGGCGCCAUUUUCAACUAAGAUGCUGAGGAAAUCUGCUUAAAUGUGCCAACCCCCCAGGGUCAGUCAAUAGGGGAUGGCCACAGACUUGUUAGUCCCACCCAUAACCCUCUUCACUUGGCCAAUCAGGGCACAGUAUAUGGCUAAUUGUGUCCCUGCAGCAUCCCAGCUGGUUUAGUAACCAACCGGAUGAUUGUUGUCAUACUAGGAGACGAACUGUAGGCUUAUUAAAACCUAAUCGCAAUGGGUUCAUGAUCCACGUUGGGUCACAAGCCAGAGUACAAUCACAAUUAGCCCUGCCACGAUCAUCUCCAAGUAGCCAAUAAGAAAGGACUAUAGUCGUGACCCAGCAUAUGAGGGUUGAGUUUGAUUCAACAUGUUUCCUUGUGUGUUUUUUAAAUCUUGGACUGCUAGAGACAGCAGUCAGAUUUUGUAAAUGUAAUAAAUUGCUUUAUAGGCACAACGAUAAUGGGCUAAAUAAACUGAAGAGGCUCCAGCCUCAGUCUGUCCCAUAGCUCCCUGCCAGCGAGGAUGGAUUCAGCCUCAUGACUCUGCCCCCCUUUCCUCUGACUGAAAACAUUGUCCUCUCAGUAUUUAUACAGUAUAUUCUCAGCUGUCAUCCUGUUCUCAAACACAGGUAACAAUAUUGAUAUAUAAACUUUACAUCAGAUGGAAGUUUGCAUUCAAAGCCCAUAACUGUGCUGUGUUUGUACAUAUGAUUAUGGGGGGCGGGGGGGCACAGUGGAAAUGAAAUCCACGAUCUGAAGUGUCUGGGCUACAAAAUGUCCCUUUGGGCAAUAACAGUAUCUUUUAGUCGAUGGUGGUAUUGUGUUUGUGUUGCAUAAGAACAAUAUCAUGGGGCAAACAUGGUGUUUAAAUAUAGUAAACAUUUUUUACAUGCUGUGUUUUAAUGAUGUGCAGUAUAUGAAUUUUUAUUCUGACUGUGUAGUAACUGUACACUGACACAUGCAGCAUGAGAGUCAUCUGAACAAACUGAGACACAUACACACAUACACACACACACACACACACACACACACAAUUAUUAUUUUCUUUGUUUGGUUCAUUUGAUCAACUCAUUGUGCCUCCCAGUGGUGUCAUCAUGACCAUAAACAAAAAGACAUCCAACAUUUUUUAGGAAUAAAGUCAAGCAAUUUAGAGAAGAAGGUUACAAUGUUAUGAAAAUAGGAAGAAAGAGGAACAUAUUACAAUAAUGAAAUAUAAUUUAAGAUAACAAGUCAAUAUUACAAGAACACAGCCAUAAAUCAAAGGCAUAAAUAAAUAAUAAAAAAAUAAAAAAAUUAAUUUUACACAAAAGUGCAAUAUUAAAAGAAUAAAGUUAUGAAUGAAAAGUCAUAACAGUACAUUUUGAAGUAUUAUAGUAACAUAAUAUAUGAGUAUUAACAUUACAAGAAAAAAACGUAAGAGUAAGUAAGUAAUAGAAAAAUGUAAUUCUACAAGCAAAUGUUCCAGAUCAUUGCAGAUAAUUUUACAGUAAAAUAUUAUCAUAAUGUCACAAGAAUAGAUUCAACAGGCUGUUCUCACCUGCUUACUAUAAUAGAAUAUUCAUAUAAAAAUUUUAAAAAGGAUUUUACAAUUUAUUCUGGAAAUAUUUCUUUUCUCAGAAAAUGACUGAAUGAAAUUUAUUUUCAUAAUGUGACUUCUUUCUGUCAAAACUACGACUUCAUGUUACAGUUUCAUGAAAUUCUUAAAACAUGACUUUUUUCUCUCCCUAAUUUAUUUAAAAUCAGUUGUUGACUUGCCUCGGAGCAGCAGGAGUGUGACAUUUUACAGAAACUUUGCUUUAGUGUUUGGAUGACAUUUUAAAGGUCCAGUGUGGGCUCUUCCAAGCGUGGAGCAGGAACUAGUGGCUGUGAAAAAAAAAGGUGAAUGGAGUCGUGUAGAAACACGGCAGACUCCGUAGUAGAUGAUCCAAACAAACAAUGAAAACAUACUUCCUGCAAUCUUCUGCAGAUAAACAAAUCUGAAACACUGGACCUUUAAACACACUGCGCUGAUUACCAGACACAACAGCAGACCACAUCUGGACUAUUCAACAGACAUGACUUCAUGAUUUUCUUAGUCCAGUGUUUACAUUGUUUGUUUAACUUAGUGCCCAAGUGCCA